CCCGCCCUCCCACCCCCCUCAACCCUCAGUUUGUUCUCAGUUUUUAAGAGUCUCUUAUGUUUUGGGAGCCUGCACUUUAUUUGCAUCACUGUGGUGUCUUCAGAGGGGCUGAAGUAUGAGGUCCAAGCGUUCAGAGUCGCACCCGGGAGAGCGCCAUCUGGCUGCCGUGUGGAGGAUGGAUUUGAGGGGACAGGACCGGAGGCUUUCUAAGUGAUUCCGGUGAGAGAAGACAGAGCCUUGCCCUAAAGAGAGAGGCGAGGACAGAUGUGAGUCAAGGUGGCAGCAUGUUCUCGGCUCCCUCCUCCCUCCCCUCCCCUUUCUUUCAGCCUGGUUUCCUCUAGUCUUGGCUCUCUGUCUCUAAAGGUCCUCAGAAAUUUCCCCAUGCCUUUUUCUUCCAUCUGGAAAGAAAGCUUAGGUGUUUCGAGAGGGCUAGGAGAGAGAAAUAAUUAAACCCGAAGGGAGAGCCUUUGCUUUGGUGGCAUUUGGGGGACAGGGCUUGCUCAUUUAGUGUGUGUAGAUGGAGAGUCGCUGCAUUCUUACCAGGACCAGCUUGACCAGCUUUAAGGCACAGCCAUCAGAUGGAAGCUGGGAGAACGAGGUUUGGCUGUUGGGGCGUCUGGAGUCAGAGCAAACAUGCACGUCCUGUCUGCUCUUCUUAGAGGACGGCAGAGGUGAAAGCAGCCUCUGGGACAACUGCAGGCAGGUGGGGCUCCCCAUCACCCCUUCCCUCUUCCUGACACCCACCCUGUGCACUACCCCCAGGGAAGCCUUUUGAGGAUUCCAGACUGGGCUUCCACCUGGAGCCCUCCGGAAGCUCCGAGCUGUCCGUGCAGGUGGCCCUGGACCGAUUCCAGACCUGGGAGGGCUGGGAGGGGAGGGCAGGAGUUCUUUGCCUCUCGCCAGUGUGUUGCAAUCACUUGUACUUUGCCUGGGUCAAUAGGCAGAGUCACGUGACUGCGUGACAGCGGACCUCUGAAAUGGCCGCGUUCCACGUUUCCAAGAAACCCUGAAUCCUGCGGAUGCCAUUUGUUUCGAGCGGCCUGGAGGAGCGGAAGGCAUCCGGGGUUCGGUGUGUGAAGACGGAUCCAAGGAUGCCACUGCUCGGGGCAGGCUGGUCAGGGUCACCUGUCAGUGCCUCACCUGUCAAGAGGGGUAGAUAAUGACAGCUGUUCUCCACAGGAGGUUUUGUGACGACGAACUAGGUUCAUGCGUGGGUGAGACCCUCGUCAAUUUUCCCACCGACUCUGAAGGCAGGGAUGUAUCUUACUCAUUUCUGUGUCCUCAGGACCCAGCACAGUGCCCGGCUGACUCAAAUGUGUGUUGACUGAGUGCAAGAAUGGGUGAUGCGUGGCCGUUCCAGCAGCAGCACCCCCGGUGUGCCAGCCCAAGGGUGCCACUAGCGGGCACCACGCGGCCCCGCGCCUGUCCGUCUCCUCCCGAGCCACGGUGGUAGCCAGAAUGGAAGGCGCCCCCCAGGGGGGCCUGCAGACUGUCAUGAAGUGGAAAACGGUUGUUGCCAUCUUUGUGGUCGUGGUGGUCUACCUCGUCACGGGCGGUCUGGUCUUCCGGGCGCUGGAACAGCCCUUCGAGAGCAGCCAGAAGAAUACCAUCGCCUUGGAGAAGGCAGAAUUCCUACGGGAUCAUAUCUGCGUGAGCCCACAGGAGCUGGAGACGCUGAUCCAGCAUGCCCUUGACGCUGAUAAUGCAGGAGUAAGUCCAAUAGGAAACUCUUCCAACAACAGCAGUCACUGGGACCUUGGAAGUGCCUUUUUCUUUGCUGGAACUGUCAUCACCACCAUAGGGUAUGGGAAUAUUGCUCCGAGCACUGAAGGAGGCAAAAUCUUUUGUAUUUUAUAUGCCAUCUUUGGAAUUCCGCUUUUUGGUUUCUUAUUGGCUGGAAUUGGAGACCAACUGGGAACCAUCUUUGGGAAAAGCAUUGCAAGAGUGGAGAAGGUCUUUCGAAAAAAGCAAGUGAGCCAGACCAAGAUCCGGGUCAUCUCAACCAUCCUGUUCAUCUUGGCCGGCUGUAUUGUAUUUGUGACGAUCCCUGCUGUCAUUUUCAAAUAUAUCGAGGGGUGGACAGCCUUGGAGUCCAUUUACUUUGUGGUGGUCACUCUCACCACAGUAGGCUUUGGUGAUUUUGUGGCAGGGGGAAACGCUGGGAUCAAUUACCGGGAGUGGUAUAAGCCCCUAGUGUGGUUUUGGAUCCUUGUUGGCCUUGCCUACUUUGCAGCCGUCCUCAGUAUGAUCGGAGAUUGGCUACGGGUUCUAUCCAAAAAGACAAAAGAAGAGGUCGGUGAAAUCAAGGCCCACGCGGCCGAGUGGAAGGCCAACGUGACGGCCGAGUUCCGGGAGACACGGCGGCGGCUCAGCGUGGAGAUCCACGACAAGCUGCAGCGGGCGGCCACCAUCCGCAGCAUGGAGCGCCGGCGCCUGGGCCUGGACCAGAGGGCCCACUCGCUGGACAUGCUGUCCCCCGAGAAGCGCUCCGUCUUCGCCGCCCUGGACACGGGCCGCUUCAAGGCCUCAUCCCAGGAGAGCAUCAACAACCGGCCCAACAACCUGCGCCUGAAGGGGUCGGAGCAGCUCAACAAACACGGGCAGGGCGCCUCGGAAGACAACAUCAUCAACAAGUUCGGGUCCACCUCCAAGCUCACCAAGAGGAAAAACAAGGACCUCAAAAAGACCUUGCCCGAGGACGUCCACAAAAUCUACAAGACCUUCCGGAAUUACUCCCUGGACGAAGAGAAGAAGGAGGAGGAGACGGAGAAGAUGUGCAACUCGGACCACUCCAGCACGGCCAUGCUGACUGAGUGCAUCCAGCAGCAGGCCGGGAUGGAGAACGGGCUGGUCCCCACGGACACCAGAGACCGGGAACUCGAGAACAACGCAUUACUUGAAGAGAGAAACUAAACGCUGAGGACCUUGGACUUGACCAAGCGUCGUGUUUUUUAUAUUCACCCUGAGACACGUGCCUUAAACAGACUUCUCGUUAGUCCGAAAUUACAUAGCAUCGAAGAAUAUAUUUCACUGUGCCAUAAACGACUGAGAUGAGAAAGAUCGCUCUGCCAAAAGGAGUCAAAGAACAAGGUCUGCACUUCUGGCGGCGGCCGCAGGACACUGGAGGAGUGUUCGCACACGCAGGAGGUCGUGGCCGCAAAUGUUAAGGGCGUGUCUGGGACGGUGCUUGCACCCCUGUGUGGUGCCACCCCGGCCCCAGCAUGUAGAAAAGGGCAGCUAUUCCUUAGACCAGCCUUCUGAAAGGAACAGAUGUGUCUCCUAAGUGGAGUCGUCUCAUUUUCCGAACCUACUGUUAGAGAUACGUGCACACACAGAAGGGGACCAGAUGGGGGGUGAACGAGUACCUGCAGGGAGGGUCUGAGUUGGCAUUUUGGCAUGUUGCUCCGAGCUUGAGUUUUGAUACAAACCCUUCAGGGCGCACCUACUCUUUCUAGGCUCCAAAUGAGCGUCUGUGGGACCUGAGAGCACGUGGAAUUUGUUGUCAACAGAUCAGAGCACACGUAUUCAAAGGUGCAAUUGCUUUCCUCAUUACAAAAGAAAAAAAAAAUCACAAAUGCAUCACACUGUGGAAUACCACCUUAACCAAUGACAGAAGCCUACUGAACUUUGUGUUUUCGACGAACGAUGAAAAAAGUGAACCCGCGAGCAUCGGCGGACACUCGGCCUCAUUUGCUGCAUGGUUACGGGCACAUCAUGCAUUUUCCUCAGUGGGUGCAGUGGUGAAAAUAAACUGGUUCUGAAACGUUCACGUUCACUUUUCUAGUGGAACUUCGGUUAUAAGUCGUUUUGAUAAGAGGGGGAAAAAAUACCAAAACAAUUGCCUUGCAUGAUGCCAGUGGCUUGCUGUUCUGUCUAGCUGAUCCUAAUUUUUUUAUAAAAAUAGACAUCCUGCAUGUCUGAGACAUACCAAGGAGGACCAUGGCAUCAUUCCAUCUCAGGGCUUUUUGUCCCUUUGGGUGUCUUAAGGUAGACAUAGUGACGAGGUCCAGUCCUGCUAUCUCCAAACGAAAGAAAGAUUCCCCCAACAACUCUUGUACACGAAGAUUGAAUUGUUUUAAAAUUGCCUGCAGCUUAAGUGCCAUUAAUGCCAUUUACAAAUAAUGCUUAAAAGAAAUAUUUACAACAUUCCA